AACACUAUCAGUAUAUUUUAGCGCAUUAAAACUGUGUACAUGUAACGUUCUGUGUUCUUUAUAAAAUUUCAUUAUUUCUACCCAGAGUAUGUAACAUAAUGUUAGUUUUGUUAUUUUAUACAUGCAUCACUAUCACAAUAACCAGUGCACUACCAGGUGAAACUAUUAAAAGUCAAGGUGAAUGCCCAACAUUUUGCGAAGGGUUGGCUUAUAAAUGUAUAAAGGGACAAUGUUAUUGUGCAAAUGGAUUCGCCCCGAACUAUUACCAGACACAAUGUGUAAAAUGUCCAGGAUUAGGAGAGGCCUGUUAUGGACCGUGCUGCGGUGAUAAUAUUACUCUGCAUUGUUGGAACGGAGUCUGCCAAUCAUGUUACGGACCAAACGGAAACUGGGUGUGCCGAGAUUCAGUGGAUCACAUAGUACUUGUAUCUGGUACUCAGAUUGUGAUGGCAAGUGCGCUGGUGUUAGGAAUAAUUGCCACCUUCGUACUCCUUUAUAAACUUUGUGCUGCUACUACGAUCAGACCUGUGGGAAGAAGUGUAAAUGGGUCAACGGAUGGAGGAAGGCUAUCCGUCGGAAGCUUACAAAUUUACGUCGAUGAACGAUUACGUGAUGCACCCCCAAGAUACACCAGAACAGCGCCUUCAGAGUCAUUAAUUUGCCCGGCACCUCACUAUCUUAAUUCUGGUUUUAUUCACGACAAUAGUCUACCACCGCCUGCUUACACUCCACCUGAAAGAAAAGAAGAGAGUCCAAAUGGAAUAGUUCAUAUGUGAUAAAGUAUUGUGAUAUUGUUGUUAUUGCAAAAAUCGAUCUUAUAAGAUACUAAUAUUAAGUGUAAAUAUUUUAUAAAUACAUUUAUUAAAAUAUAAAAUUUCCUCUCCCCGUAAAAUUGCAGCAAAAUCGAAUACUACUGAAUGUGUUAGUAUUUACGUCAAUGAUACAAUGAGGGUAAUUAUUAUUUUAUUAAAAAUAAGAUUCAAUGACGCAAAAUUUACAUGAUUUAUGAGGAAGGGAAGUACAUUAUAUCUCCUAUUGUGUAGUAUGCACAGGGCAGGUAAUAUAAAUAAAUAGUAUGUGAAAGUAUAGAAGAUAGUAUAUUUUAAGACUUUGCAAAUUGGUAAUGAUGUAAAAUUCCAGGGGUAUUCCAUAAAAAGUUCAUUAUAUUCAUUAUAUGGUCAUUAUGUACUUUUGAAGCAAUUAUAUUUUAUUAAAUUUUA